ACGGUCUUGUUUCCGGACUCGUACGAAGAUACGACGUGGAUCAUCCUCAUGGGUCUCUCGCUCCUCCCCGUCUGCCUCGUCCCGACGCUCAAGGAAAGCGCGGGCACGGCCACCGCCGGUGCGCUCGGCGUGCUUUUCGCCGAUGCGAUCGCCAUCUACAUCUUGGUCAGCAACAUUGAGAUUCCGGACGAAGUCUCGCCGCCGUCGCCCGAGCUCUCGCUCAGCGGUGUCGCGACCGUCUUUGGUAGCUUGGCCCUUGCGUAUGCGGCUGGUAUCAUCAUCCCGUCGCUCCAGCGCGAGCAUUCGCAGCCCGAACGCAUGCCGCGCGUCAUCACGGUCACCUUGGUGCUGGUCUCGUUUUGCUUUCUCGUCGUCUCGGUCCUCGGUGUCUUCAAGGUCGGCUGCCAGAUCCCCGGCAACCUCCUCUUUGCCAUCACCGGCUCCAAGCUCGGCUUCACGGCGUCGCGCGGCGGUGUCAUCCUCGCGUUCCUCUUCAUGCACCUCCAUAUUGUGAUUGCAUUUGCUCUCGUGCUCUUUCCGGCCAUGUUUAUGGCCGAGCGCAUUGUCUUGGGCCUGCACAAAAACAGCCCGGUGGCCAAGGAAGCCGCCGAUGUCAUUGACCUCGAGACGCCCAAGGACACGACGACCGAGCUCAUUGCGCACCACGACGACCCCGCGGAUGCGUACAAGGCGCCGGGUGCCUACGCCAAGGCAGCGGUUCUCCGCACCAUCAUGGUUGCGCUCUGCGUUGUGGUUGCGAUCGCGUUCAAGGACAAGUUUGGGGACCUCUUGGAUUUCAUCGGUGCGUCGGCAACAGCGACGUGCUGCAUGAUUUUGCCGAUCGCAUUUUACCUCAAGACGUUUUGGCCGACGCUGUCCAAGGCCGAAAAGUGCUUUGCGAUCUUCUCAAUGCUCGUGACGACGGUGCUCGCCGUGUAUGUGUCGAUCAAGACGGGCAUUGCGCUCUUUUCGCCAACCGAGUCGGCCAUCACGUUCCCGUUCUGCCCUGAAAAGUACCAGCACUACGUCUACACGAACCGGACCCACUACAAGUUUUGA